UCAGCGGCCGGUAGUGAUCUAUCCCACCUCAGGCAUUUUGGGCGGAGGUCUGGAGCUGUCACGAUAGAGGGACCGUCUUACUUCCCGGACUUUUAAGACACUUUACAAGACAUUUCUUGCCUCCUUCGGCGCUGAGACAAUAGGAUAAAACUUCCGGAAGGGUUUUACGGCAUAUUCGGACCCUGUGUCCAUUCCCAGGGCUUGACGAUGAGGAAUUACGGAGAGUAUGAGCACGAUGAUGGGUUCAGUUCGUACUCGGACGAGGCCAGCUUGCGGGGUCGCAGCUCCAUAGCCAAAUGAACUGUUUCAGUUUCCGCUGCUCCUGUUUCUGUUCCUCUCGCUCUCCUGGUCACCCCUCCUCCUCCGACAGACCCAGACGAAGUGGUUACGCUCCUUCCGGACAAAACGGCUACCAAAAUGGCUUCAAUGGGGCCAGCCGACCCAGUGCCAAGGAAAUAUAUGAGCAGCGUAAGAAAUAUGCGCAAGCUCGCGAUGUGGGGGAAGAAGCCAGGAGCUUUCCCGUGGAGGUAGGUGGAUACCCCAUCGAGCACCUGGCCACGUACGCCAUGGACCCCAAGAACGCCAUGCUGACCAUAGAGGAUGGGGUGAGGAAGCUGAAGCUGAUGGAUGCGAAGGGGAAGAUCUGGACUCAGGAGAUGACCAUGCAGGUGGACGAGAGGGCUGUCCUGCUCAUCGACAACGAGACACACGAGGAGCUCGAGAACUUUCCUCUCAGCGGCAUCACUAUAAACAAGGCCGUGAUGAACGAGGGGAACUAUAACAGCAUCCUGGUGCUGGCUGUGAAGGACCCCAACCAGAAGUUCCCAGACAUGCACAUGUUUCAGACGGACCGAAUACCUGCAGAUGUAAUAUGUAAGGACAUCAAGGCAGCAAUAGACGACUUCAAAAGCGGCAGAAAGCGUUACCGACCUCCGUCCUCUCGCGAGGACUUCAAUCCGCCGCCGAGUCGGAGCGAUCCCAGGCAGGAUUCGCCCAGCGCAGGAAGUAGUUCCCGUAUCCCUCCGCCGCCAGUGGUACCCGCGCCACAGCCCCCGGCGGGGAACGUAAAAAGGCAGGCGGAGGCGUUUGAGUCGGCCGCCGCCCAACAACAGAACGGGUACUCCUCCCCGCCAAAGAGCCCUCCCGCUCGGUCACCAAGCCACCGAACAAAGACUUACCCCAAUGUAACCUUGAGUCCCAAACCCUUGAUGAGGGAGGAAGAAGACUCGCCAGAGCUCCAGGCUCUUAAGACGGACCGAGAUGUUCAGAUCCUGAACCACAUCUUUGACGACAUCGAGAACUUUGUCUCGAGGCUCCAGAAGGCUGCGGAUGCCUUUAACGAGCUGUCCAAGAGGAAGAAGAACAAGAAGAGCAAGAGGAAGCAGCAAGGUGAGGGUCUGCUGACAGUGCGCGCCCGCCCGCCCCCAGAGACAGACUACAUCGACUGUUUCCAGAAGUUCAAGUAUGCCUUCAACCUCCUGGCCAAGCUCAGGCCCCACAUCCACGACCCAAACGCCCCGGAACUGGUGCAUUUCCUCUUCACUCCGCUGGAACUGGUCAUCGAGAGUUGUCAGGGAGUGGACCUUGCCAAGUCAGUGGUGUCGCCCCUCCUGACAGACCAGGCCAUCGACCUGCUGAAGAACUGUGUGACCUCUAGGGAGGGCGACCUCUGGCUGUCCCUGGGGCCAGCAUGGACUACCUCAAGGGCUAACUGGUCCAAGGACCAGUACGUUCCGCCGUACAUCCCUCGUUUCCGUGACGGGUGGGAGCCGCCGCCCAUCCCCGGGGAGAACAGCCCCAUGCCGGUGAGCGACGAUCUCCCCGCCGUGGUGGCGCACAAGGCUGCCGCUGUCGCCAGGGACGAGGAGAUGAGGAAGUCAACAGCAAGAGAAGAGGCUGAAGAGCGCGGCUCCAACUAUAGGGACCAGCCAUCCAACAGAAAUUCCGACAAGCAGUCGGACAAACAAUCAGAUAAACAGUCUGAUGACAAACAGAAUAGUAAAGAGGAGGAGAGGACUCCGGAGAGAGAUGUAGACAGGAGAUAUAAUGACAGAUAUGAGAGCAGGCAGCACGACAGACAUUCCGAUAGGCACUAUGACAGGUACAUGUACGAUUACAGACACAGAGACAGAACACCUGAGAGGUACUUGUAUCAUCACCACAGGUAUAACCAUUUUUAUGACAGACCCUAUAGAAAGAACAGGGGCUACCCUGAUGAUGUGAAGUUUAGGGUGCUGGUCAGACACGACUUUGUGGCGCGGAACGAGCGAGAGCUGACCGUGGUCGCCCAGGAGAUACUGGACGUCCUGGACGACAGCCGUACAUGGUGGAACGUCAGGAACAUCUCCGGACAGUCUGGUUUUGUGCCAUCUACCAUCCUGGACACCCAGCUCCCCUCCCCAGCUCAGGAGCGCGCUCCCAACGGUUCCUCCAGGCACAGCAUGCCUCCUGCAGAACCUGUGUACCACCACCACAUACAGAAGAGGCCGUCCGAAUCGGCUAUCUAUGCCUCACACAUCCCCCCCUCGCAGGCCCCCCCUCCACCGGCCCCCGUACCCCCUCCACCCCCUCCCUCACAGCCCAUGCCCCAGCCUUUCAGAAAUUCCAAGAAAAAGGAGUCUCCUAGGAGCCCCCCUCCCGAGGAGAACCGGGCCCGGAAGCCGUCCCCCGAGGAGCGCCAGGCAGACGACCUUCAGGAGGAGCUGAAGACUCGCAUGACGAUGGGGAAACAUCGCAAGUUUGCACCCAGGCCCAGGGCUCCCUCUAUCAGCAUUGACUAUGACUCCACCCCAGAGGAAGUCACCAAGUGGCUCCACAGCAGGGGUUUCAGUAAACUGACAGUGGAGAGCCUGGGUGUCCUGACGGGUGCGCAGCUCUUCACCCUGACGAAAGACGAGCUGAAAACCGUUUUUGUACGAGAGGGCCAGAAAGUGUACAGCCAAAUCACUGUCCAGAAGAGCCUACUGGACCAGCAGGGGGGCAACCAGAGUGAGCUACAGGGUUUCCUGAAGCAUCGGCGGGAGACGGUUGAUAUGUCCAGCGACCCCGCCUACCAACAGAUGCUCGCUGACCCGCCUCCUGAUUUUGAGCCCUCCCUCCCCACUAAGUCUUACAAUUAAUCUUCAAGCAGAUUGUCAGCAAGGGCAGAUGUACAGUUUUCUGGCAGCCCUUUUUUCCUGAUGAUAAUUUUUAAUUCAACCCAUGUAAACCUGAGACCUAAAAGAGGAUGAAUGUAGACUGAAGGUGGACUUACUUUGUCAGAGGGGGGUAACUCCAGGAGUAUGUCCACCCCAUUUUGCCAUGUUUGAGACCUGUUCCCUGAGUAAGUCCAUUUUCAGACCAUUGGACUUACAUGUACUGUUGGUGAAAAGAGGACUAUGGUCCAUAGUAAAUCGUUUGUAAGUCCAAGGUUUACAGCAACAGCUUGGAAUCCAAUUCCAUUGUCAAAGAAUGGUUUGAGCAGACAAAGCUGGAAAAUGGUUUUCAAGCAGAUUUUCAAAACACAAUUUUACAUUAAAAUGCCGCAGUCUGAGACUUUUAACAGCAUUCUGGCCCCAAAUACAUUGUACAUCUGCCUUGAGAUUAACAUAGUAUGAAUGUCCACCCCUAAACAAGAUAGCUUGCUAAUCAGGUUGAUAAUAUGAAAACUUAGAUAACAAGGCUACUCAGUUGAAAAGGGCUGUUCGAAAUGUUUUUGAAUUGGAAUUAAGGUUUACAAACAAAGUGCUUACUGCUAUAAGGUAAAUCUUCAGGAGUUAGAUUUUCCUAACCAAUGUACUAACCUACAUUAAAACCCUGUAUAAUCUCAUGCCAUCAACUAACCUUCCACUCACUGUUCAACUUACCGUUGUCUCCUUUACUAACUACUUAUAACCUGUUUCUUUCAGCUAACUUUCCUUCGCUAGCAAAAGGCCCAGGUGCAUGCUACGGCCAGGUAGCUAUACAGUAGAUACACCUUACUUCUAUGUCACCCUGUCCAUCUUCUUUCACCAGGAAAUGUUAAAAAGGCGCAAGAAUAUUGCGGAAAGGGCUUCUGAGGACCAGCUAUACGAGGACUACCGUCUCUCUAACCCACCGCCCGAUUUCAGUCCCCACGCUCCGCCAAACUGAGCACUCUGGGAUAGCACUGUUGCAUGAUGGAAGGACACAGCUAACAAGUGCAUGCUGGGAGCUCGGGUGUUUCGCCUUCUCUGCAUGGGUGAAGGAUUCUGGGAAGCGUAGCUUUGCAUGAUGGGUAGUGGGGCAUGCUGGUAGUGCCUUCUGAAGCACAUAGAUCUCUCUAUCCUCCUUCUUCCACUGGUGAUUACUAAAGCUAAUACUUCGCAAUUGUACAUAAUCACAAUAAAAGGACUAUAUAUGUAUACAUUCUGGUGUUAUCAAUUGCUGUAAUCUGGGCCAUUCUAACAAAUUUGAUGGUUCCAAAUGACGUAAACACAACAUUUAUUGGGUUUGCUUCUCUGAGUUUUGAUAUUAGGCAAAAGACAUUACAGGAACUGUAAUUGCUGUAUAUUAUGAUGUCACAAGACUAUGCAAAGUAUGGUAGAUGACCAAAAUCAUGAUUAAAUGAACAUCAAAUUAUCCUGAAUGGCCCAUGGAAGACCUUUUGUAUUUUGGUCAUGUUUUUUCUCCAGUUAGGACAAGGAGGAACAUCAGGGAAAGACUAGUACAUGAAGCCUGAUGAAGAGACUAGUGUCACAAAGCAAUGGGAUAUUUUACUGGA